AUGAAUGCUCCGACGAAGAAAAAGAUUCAGAAGAAGUGCAAAAUCAGAGGCUACAAUAUCAAACCCGAAGCCCUCGACGAGAUCCUCUCCUUCGUUACUCGAUUCGAACUCACCGAACAAGACGAAGCCAUCGAAGUCGUCCUCGAACAGCUUGAACACGAAUCCAUCAAUUCUACAGUUAUCGACGUGGAGCCAGUUCAACGAGUGAUGAACUUGCUAGUGGAAGCCGACGCGAGGGAGGAAGAAGCUUUUGACGCCUUCGCUUCCUCUUCUUCCGCUAUUGCCGUCAUUGACGUGUUCGAUGUUCCCAGAUAUAAAUAUGACGCUAUCAGAAGGAAUUUCUACCGGUGCCCCCCAGAAAGUUGA